AUGGACAUCGCGAUUUGGUUCCGCAACUUUCUCAUCUCAACACUGUGGGCCAUAGCAGUAAGCAUAGGCAGGAUCUUUGGUUGCGAGAAGACCCUUAAAAAGCGACUCUACGUGGCUGGCUCUCGCUUUGGCUUAUCUUCUUGGGCCACCGCCACUACGAGAUCCGCGACGACCACAGAGACAAUCUUGGAAUGGAUAGACAAUGUUGUCCCUGGACCACCCGAAAAGCCCCCUAAAAGACCGAAGCGCAAGUCCACCUCCAGGAGAAACAAGACCAAAAAGCCAAAGAGAUGGGCUUAA